AUGGAGUUUUUGUCACUGGCUGAUGCUCUACGUGGCUGUAAAUUGAAAUCUUCAGGCGAAAUCAUUGUGAAUACUUAUGGUAAGAGAAGUAGUGAUAAAUAUACGGUAUGGACCGAAGGUCCGAUGAAUGCCUGGUGGUGUCUGAUUGUUAAGUGGGCCACUCAGUUGUGUAGUUCAAGUUUACUAUUCUAUAUGUUUGCUCCUUCCAAGCGAUAAACUGCCAGAUACGAAUGUGCCUGAAGUGAUUUCUGGUAAACAAGUUUAGGAGCAGUGAGUCGUCAGCUUUUUCAAGGAUGAGAAUCAGGGGGCGCCAUUAUGCCCAUGUUUUUUGUACGUUUGAUACUUCCACCUUGUAUGCUCAAACUCAUAGGAAAUUUAAGACAGCGUUUAUCUACAAGGUGCUCCUCAUCUAUUUUGUCGGCAGCGAUACUGGUGUAUUUAACGAGGGUAGUAUGCACACGUUGUAAUCCUCGGUCAGAUGUGGUUAUGUAGCCCCAUCUUAAGUAAACAAACCCCAGUCACCUGUAAUACGUAAGCGGUGGUAAAAGGCGCUUUUACAGGUGUGGCCGAGGAACGCACAGGCGACGAGGUCAAGUAGUUGUAUGCAAAAGAAAAGCUUUUGUCAAUGCGCGGUUUUACUUCGAGGGCCUGAGAAAUAAUUGCCCUAACUCGAACUCCAACCCCAACAGUACUGUGUUCAUCAGCUGGGGCUAUAUAACCACAUCUUACCUCGUCCUCUGCCAUUCGAAACUGAGCCCGCCAUUUACGCUCUUUACGAAGAGCGAAGAGGGUCUAUAGUAAUGUGCUAGGUGAAGAACGUGGCUCUUUAAAAACAGCAUUUUAAUUAAACUAGCUUCUGGAAGUACAGUGGUCGUCUGUGACGUGACUGGUCUGGCAAGCCAAUUCCUCCAAAAUUUCUCCGGACAUCUUUGCCUUGUGUGAGUGACGCUGUUUCAAGUACAGUGGGGUAGGAGUUAUUUUGUAGCAGCGAAAUAGCCUAUCAUGCGUCCGAGGUAUCAUUCUCUGUUUUCUGUAAUUCUGCCGUCACAUAGCGAAUAAAGAUGCCGGGCCUCUAUACUCCAUCCCCAGUUUUGUCAGUGAAUGUGAUUGUACUCGUGUGAAAAAGUGUAUUUCGCGAGCGCAAAGUGAGUUAGCAGUGGACCCAGUUACCCAGAGGCUUAAAAGGUUUCUAAGGUCAGAACAUUGAUUCGGCGUUCCUCCAGUACAAAGCCCUUGCCAGAAAGUGAAUAUCCUGCCGACCAAAACAAACUUUCUUAGUGCAUCUUCGUGCUUUCAUAGUUCGGCAGCCGAGCUGGUGUGAUGCAGCUAACCUUCAGUUGGUUACUUCCAACAUUUGCAAACCGCUAGGCCAUGUCGUAGAUCAGUGCGUUUAAUGGCUAUUAUUAUUUACAGUUAAUGUUUUACAGAACUGCUUGCCCCCGUUCCGCGCUCAAUUUAGUCCUGCAAAGCCGUACGGAGUUUCGUUUUUGCGAGCUCAAAACGCUUGGUUCCACAUGCCAUAACGUCUGCCCAUACCACUACCGCGAAAUGUAGUCUUCGUCCCCUCAUAGAACUAACGUAAAUGGCAAUGGGAUAUCAUCAACACCAUGGUUUUAAAAGUCUUCAGGAGCACAGGCCGACAGUCACAGGACUAGUUCGAUGGCAUCGUUAAAUAUGUCCUUUGCCUUCUAGUAAAUGACGACAUACUGCGUAUUAACUAUGUCCUCAAUAGAAUCGAAAUUAUAGCCGCAUGUUUCCGAUGCCGAAAUCUAGUUCAGCAGAUACCCCGAGAGAUUGACUGACACACGAUGCAAAGAACUCCAAGGCUAUGACGACCGGAGUGAAAUUGAGCACUUAUUCGCGUCUAUUAAAGUAGACUACAACACACCGUCUGAGAGAACUCUGCAAUUCCUCAGUUCACACGAGUUAACCAUACUGUCGGAGGACUCAUUUUCCUGAAGGCUGAAUCGCGCAUAUCAGGAGCGUCUGUGCCGAGGCGCCAGACUUUCUUACAUUUGCCUUCCUGUUCACCAUUCUUGAACUUACUGUUUGUUUAGUUGAAUGGAAAAAAAACUCGGCACAACGCGACGCGCGUGGCAUGUGUUGGACUAUAAGAUCGUUUGACACUUAAUUAUUAAUUCUUCCAUAACUCCUGUCAUGUUCUGAUCAUCCAUAGUCUGGGAUUGGCAAUCGUGUCCUUUGCGCUCGCAACAGUGGUGACACUUUUGACGUUCACGCUUACGCCUUUAAUCUGCUGACUUAGAUUUGCUGCUUGUAUGUAGUCAGUUCCCCUUGAUUCUGUCUGCCACCACGCCCUCUACGGAUUCUAACGAUGCCUCUAUUUCUCCCACUGGCGCUGCCUUUUCCCUCCCAUACAUCUGGCAACAUGCGCCUGAACCUUAUUUCUUCCGUAUUGAGGCAACGUUUCACUCUGAAAAUGUAACACGAGAAACCGACAAGUAUUAUAAUUUUGUCGAGGCUCUUCCUCCUACCAUUCUUUCCCAAGUGCAGACAUUUUUUUAUGAUCUCCCGACUGAUGCUCCAUAUACGAAGUUAAAGACUGAACAUCGCCUGACCUCAGUUUCAGAUCGUCAGCGUUAUCAUGCACUCGUAAAAGAAGAGGCCUUAGGUGAUCGUAAGCCGUAGGAACUCCUGCGUCGAAUGCGUUCUCUUGUUGGGAAAAUGGCCAUCGUUGAUAAGUUCUUUAAGGAGAUGUUAUAAGAACGUCUGCCGAGAUCGGUGCAAACAACGGAAAUGGCCGAUCGUAUAAUGGAGGUUGAGCAUUUGUCAUCCACGACGGCUCCUCAGGUUUCACAUCCUCUCACUGCGUCCACCUGUUUGAGCUAAAGACACAGAUUGUCCAGUUGUCGGCGACUGUUGCCGCCUUGCAGCUGCGCCGAUCUGCCGGCCCAUCUCGACGUUCCUUUGGCCUUCACCGUUGUCGUUCCAGCUCUCGCCCUAGGACCGCAAGCCUACGUUGGUAUCAUGUAAACCUUGGCGAUAAGGCGCCCCACUGCCUCCCACCCUGCUCCUUCAAGUCCAUACAGGGAAACUCCUCGGCCAGAUAAUAAAUGCGACCGAGCUCUCUGGCAACUCUAUCAGUCGCACAUUUUACAUUUGUGAUAACACGAGUGACAGACGUUUUUUAAUCGACAAUGGCGUUCAAAGUAGUGUUAUCCCUCCAACCCCGGCCGACCGACGUUGUCUCAACCAUGGUCUUUUUCUCCAGGCUGUGAACCCUUCCUCCAUCGUGAUUUUUGGAUCCCGAUUAAUCUCCUUUGACAUUGGUCUCAGGCGACUUUUUCCUCGAAUUUCUGUAGUGGCUGAUGUUCUUACUGCUAUCCUUAGUGCCGAUUUUUGGCCGCCUUCGACCUUCUGAUGGAUUGCAGGCAACUUCGCAUCCAUGACCGCACAACUACCCUCACCGUCAAAGAAUUUUUUCCAUUCUCAGCUUUUAAAAAUCUAUUCGUUUUUGACCCAAACUCUAACCGUCCAUUCCGUAAACUUUUAGCAAAUUAUCCUACUCUCACUAGGCCCCACGUUUCUGACUCUUAAUUGCCCCAUGAUAUUGUUAAUCACAUAAAAACAACUGACCCUCCCGUUUACUCUCGUCUCGGCCAUCUUGCUCCCACCCGCCUUGCAGCUGCUGAGGCUGGAUUUGAACAUAUCUUGCAACUAGGCAUUAUUCAACUGUCUAAGAGUUCGUGGUCAUCUCCUUUGCACAUGGUUCCUAAACCACAAACGAAUGGCUGGCGCCUAUGCGGUGACUAUCGGGCCUUGAACAAUGUCACCAUCCCAGACCGCUAUCCUCUUCCUCAUCUCCAGUACUUUUCCGGAGCUCUCUGUGGCAAAACCGUUUUCUCGAAGAUCGAUUUCGUCCGGGCUUUUCAUCAAAUUCUGAUGGCGUCUGAGGACAUUCCCAAAACGACAGUGAUGGCCUCUUUUGGCUUGUUUGAAUUUUUUCCUAUGCCAUUUGGUCUCCAAAAUGCCUCAGAGACUUUCCAAAGUUUCAUUGACCGUGUUUUACAUGGCCUUCCAUUUGUUUUUGCGUAUAUUUCUGAUGUUCUCGUCACAAGUCCGGAUGUCGAGGAACAUCUUCAACAGCCUACCCCACUUUUCGACCGAUUUCAGCUGUCUGGCUUCACCCUGCACCUUGCCAAAUGUGUCCUAGGAGUCACUUCUCUUGAGUUCUUAGGUCAUCUGAUUGACUCCAAAGACAUUCGGCCUCUUCCCUCAAAGGUUGCCCGAAUUCGGGACUUUCUACCCCAGACCUUGAAGCGUCAGCCGCAGCGGUUCCUUGCGAUGGUAAAAUUUUAUCGUCGGUUUCUCCCAAACUGUUUCGACGACAUCCUCCUACUGACUAAUCUCCUCGCAGGUUCUUAACGAAUCUUCGCACUUACACCAACAGCACUCAAGUCGUUUGAGCAGGUACAAGCCCUUCUGGCUGAUGCCACCCUCCUGACUCACUUUCAUGAGGAUACACCCAUAUAUCUGAUGGUCGAUGCCUCCAAUGUUGCUGUUGGUGCGGUUCUCGAACAAAGUCUGCCAGAUUCUACCGGGUCUUUAGCUUUCUUCUCCAGGAAAUUAUCCAAGGUCGAAACCCGCUACAGCACAUUCGAACGUGAACGUCUCGCUGUUUAUCUUGCCGUGAGGCACUUCCGGCAUUUACUGGAAAGUCGAAGGCUUGAAGUGACAUUUAAGUCCGUUUUUUACUCAGUUACAAUGCGCGUUUUAAAGACCAUGACACAUUUUUGAAUAAGACAUAGAACAAGCACGUGCAUUUUUGUCUACAAACGAUUUUGUUCUUAUUUACUAGUUUGCAAAUGUUGGGAUACCACCAUCUUUGUUUCCUGGAUGGGUAGCCUACUCACUGUGCCCAACUAAUGGGUGUAUCACUUAAAUUUCCACAAUUUUUGUAGAUCACAAGCCAUCCACCUUUGCUCUGCAGCCCCACUCCGACAAACUAAACCCCCGGGAGAUCCACUACCUGGACUACAUUUUACAGUUCACUUCAGACACCUACCAUAUUGACGGGUCUCGGAAUGAGGUGGUUGACACACCUUCCAGGCCUCCUAUCGUUCGGACCCAGUAUAUAUCACUCGCAGUGGUUGUCACGUCCACUUUCCUGAUCGUUUGGUUACUCACUUCAUUUAGACGUGUACACAUCCUUCGGUGUCGUUUCUGUCGCCCUCCGGUCCCCGAGGGGGGGUGGGGGGGGUGGGGUGGCUACUGUGCUGAGGCGCCAGAAUUUUCUUUCAUAACUCCUGUCUUAUUCUGAUAUCCAUUAUCUUGGAUUGGCAACCGUGUCCUUUGUGCUUGCAACACGCCCUCAGACCUCCAUCUGCACUCUGGCGGGAAGCUAUCGUGAGACUCCCUUCAAGUGGGCAUCAGUGCUGACCUCGAACCUCCGACCUCCAUGCAGGCGAGGAAAGAGACUGGUGCAAUAAACAUACAGCGGAAAAGCUACGAGCAGAUACUUAACUCCAGCCAACACUUGUAAAAACAGAUCUCCUAACUUCAUGAACAACCUUGCCCCAUUUAUUCAGGAGGUGUACCAAAAGAGACAGAUCUCGCAGGAUUUCAAGAAUGCAACCAUCGGUCAUAUUUACGACAGAAACCGACAGAUCCACGGUAGCCACACAGCAAUGCUGGUGAGAUAUUUGUCCGCUGAUCACACGGCUGUCUGAACACACAUAAGACUGGGUCUACCUCCGGGAACAAAAUGAGGACUUCCUAAGCAAUGUGUACUAUGGACAUGGCCUUCAUGGCACGCCAGCUGUGUGGGAAAGGGCCCCAAAUGCUGACCAGCAUUAUGUUUGUGGGCUUCAACAAAGACGUCCAAUGCAGUAAAAAGGUAAUAGACUCUGGAAACGUUUAACUGAGAUCCAGAAGCUUGGAGCCAGUUACGCACGCGUCAUGGACAACCGCUCAGAUGUAGAUGAAUUUGUGGUUAAAAAUGAGGUAAAGCAGGAUUCUGUACUUGCUCUCAUCCUCUUUGCUCUCAUGUUCUCCGUCAUUUUGUUUGGUGCCUACCGUCAGGAGUGAUCUGGGAUUAUCAUCACCUACCUAACCAACGGACAACUGCGCAACAGUCGACUUAUACAGGCAAUGAUGAUACUUUCCGAGUUCACUGUUCAUGAGCUCUUAGUUGUGCGAAUGACUGCCCACCGAACACCAUAAAGGAGGAGAUCCUGUAACGAAACGUGGAACUCUUUGUAUAGGACCGCCCUGUUGACGACGCUAACGUACGCGGUGAAGAGCUGGACAGUUUACAAAAGAGAGACAAGCAAGCUAAACCACUCCUACCUUAGCUGUCUCUGGUGAAUACCAGAGCAUAGAUGGGAAGUGGGGAUGGACUGAGAGCACCUGCCUAGUAGUCUACUCUACAGCAGCGACAACAGCUAUAACUUGUCCACCACCUUCUACAGUAUUUCUGACUUUAAGCAAUUUAUGUGAAAAUGUUGGAAUAGUUGAAUAUGAACCGUACGGAGGCCCAACUCGCGAACUUUUCUUCUUGCUUUACGUUAAUUUUAUUGCACUUGACGUCUUUCUCAAACCUUCUGUAUCCAUUGCGUUAAUGAUAUUGAUUUAGCUGCUUUUGUCUCUCUGGCCUUACGUUUACUCAAAAAAUGAAGUUUUGUCGGAAGAAGUUCGUUUCGGCAUGGCUCUGCGGAAAAAGGUCCUGUGAGGAUGACUUUUAUGAAUGCGGCUUGGUCCACACUCACCAACGCAUCUGUUUGAAAUUAUUUUACUUAAGAACUUUCGCAACCUCAUUCCGUAAUGGUAGGGUGCUCCAUUCCGCUGGAAAAAUGUUUUGUUCCUACAAAUAGGGAAGGAAAAAAAUAUUCAGCAUUGGUAUACACUUUUCUCCUUCUUUAGCAAAGGUAAGAGGAUACGUGGUGGAGACUUUCUGACUACCCACCACGCACUUACUUUCGCAGAAUUCUUAACCUGUUAGCAGCCUUCAUGUGGUAUUCAAUUUCCACGUCUGCUACGAUGAUAGCUACUGACUUUACCGAAGACAGGAAAAGCCGCCUCAUCUGAAAAGGUCAGCUUAUCAAUAAACGCAGGAUUUUUUCACUGUCUGACUGUUUCAAAUGGCAAAAAUCUAGCCUCGUCUGUCAGUCUUCCUCGUGUAAUUUGGAGGAAAAUUUAGCCCACUGACUCCUCCCCGAAUGGAAGUUUUUGAGUUCCUCUCAAGAGCUUCAGCCAUUCUAGCCACGGUCUCCCCACCCAUUUCCGGGUAUCUAAGGUAGUGGUUUGUUAACUAAUCCAGUUUAGUUUUAAAUAUGUAUCCGUCUAUUCAGUGCGUUUCUUCGGGUAGCAUCUGCUUGUAAUGAGUUGUGAUAAGUUCCUUAUCGCGGACAGUAUUGAUCUGAUUCCGACAGUGUGAGGCACCCAGUUAAUCUUUUUUCCCAAAAUAUUCUAUUUAUAUAAUCAAUAAUCCAAAGUGGAAGAAAAGCAACAAAAAUGAAUGAGAAAGAACUAAAGGAGUGGGGUUGAUAAAUUUAGAAGUUUAGCAGUUUUAUCUGAUGGCCUUGACAUUUAUACGAUGCAGGUUACCAAAUUUCUUUGGAGGAUGACUUUUAACCACCCCCAUUCCUAAAACAAAAGUGCCAAACACUGAGGACGGGGUUAUUUACAGCCCUUUCAAAUCUUCGCAUAGAAAUCGCGGUUUGGCCGAACGCAUUAUAUACAUAUGACUUCUUGUUUACUCAUUUCUGGCCGACUUGUGAAUUCAUCUGACUCCCUUGUGAAGAAAACUUGGUGACUACAGUGAAAUUCGAGCCCACGACGGCAAAAGCAAGACCAGAAUGCAGCUAGCGCUUUAACUACCCAAUCUACAAGUUCCCGACCGGGAGCAGUGAACUGAAUCACAUUUAAUCAAUUUGCUGUCCUAGCCUACUGAACCUUCUGAAUUUCACCAAUUAUGAUACAGUAAGCCGACCACCGAAGCGGGAUUUUCCAAGUUGAAGUACUCAAAUCUGUAAAAAUCCUACUAGUUGACUUGCGAAUAUCGCUCUAUAAAAUGGCCGCCAUAACCGCUGAAGGUGCUGCUGCAGCCCCAACAAUCCGUGCAAAUUAAAUUUAAUGUCUGUGACGUUGCUUUAUUUUCACAGCUUAGUUGACAUAUUACAAGCAUUUUUUUGCUUCUAACCCAGAAAACCGUAUUAAUUAUAGUUUUGGACUCUUUAGCCGCUUUCCUAUUUCGCGGUAGCUGUGGUUAGUUCCUCUAUGGAGCAGGCGUUAGCUUUCUCCAAAUCUGAAAGCUAUGUUCCUCGCCAACCGCUUUCAGUUGGAUAAUGGCUGCUAGCGGAAUGCAUAUGCCCCUGCUCGGUGUUUAGUUAGUCUUCGCGAGUGUGCGCUUAAUUGGUUAGAAAAUGCUACCUUCCAAAUAACUAAUAUCCAUAAU